GGACAGAAUGACGGAAGAUGCUCUGCGCUUGAACCUCUUGAAACGGAGCUUGGACCAAGCAGAUGAUCGGGAUGAUGUCCUGGCAAAGAGAUUGAAAAUGGAGGGACAUGAGGCGAUGGAGCGCCUGAAGAUGCUGGCACUGCUGAAGAGAAAAGACCUCUCGGGGAUUGAGGUGCCCCACGAGCUCCCGGUGAAACAGGAUGGUGUGAAAGUCUAUGAAGAAAAGCUGAAUGGGAGCCUUAGGCCCCAUGGGGAUGGCAGGACUGCAGGGAGGCCAGGGAAGGAAAACAUUAACGAUGAGCCGGUGGAUAUGAGCGCAAGGAGAAGUGACCAGGACAGGGGACGAUUAACCCCUUCACCAGAUAUAAUUGUCCUCUCUGAUAAUGAGGCAUCCAGUCCCCGUUCCAGCUCUCGUAUGGAAGAAAGACUUAAGGCAGCAAAUCUUGAAAUGUUUAAGGGUAAAAGCAUAGAGGAGCGACAGCAGCUGAUCAAGCAGCUUCGGGAUGAGCUACGGCUGGAGGAGGCCAGGCUCGUGUUGCUGAAGAAACUGAGGCAAAGUCAGCUGCAAAAGGAGAACGUGGUACAGAAGGUGAAGCUCUGAGCAAG